AUGCUUGAGGCGUUGCUUGGUGCCUAUGCGUCGCCAAUCGUCACCGCCUCAAUCCUCUGCGCCUUCCCUUCCCUCGUGAUGCUCGGCAUGUCCUUCCUCGCAAUCGGCCUGCAGGUCCCCGAUAUGUUCACCGCCGCACUGCAGCACCUGGCAGCUGGCAUUGUGCUGAGCGCAGUGGCUGUGGAGCUGGUUCCGAAGAUCCUCGAGGCGCCAGACGAUGCCGGAACUACACUCGGAAUGACAGUCGGCUUCUUCUUUGGCAUCUCCCUGUUCCUGCUCAUCCUCCCUGCCCUCUCGUCCAUGAAAGAGCCACCACCCCAUUACCCGUGGCCGCUCGUCUUUGCUGUCGGGACCGAUGCGCUGGUCGACGGCCUGCUCAUCGGCAUCUCCGGUGCUGGCGGCAUCGGUGCGGGCAUCAUCAUCUCAGCCGCGCUCACCGUCGAGAUGGGCUUCCUUGGCCUCACUUUCGCAGCCUCUCUCAAGAAGCAGCCAGCGGUGAAGCGCACAUUGACCAUCGUCAUGCCGCCACUCAUGCUCAGCUUCGGCGGCGUCUUGGGCGGGGCGUUGGGCAGCGCCCUCGCCGACAACCCGCCCAUGUACACGGGCCUGAUGGCGUUUGGCGUCGCGGCUCUUCUCUUCCUGGUGACAGAAGAGCUGCUGCUAGAGGCGCACGAAAACGUGGGCGGGAACGACGAGCACAUCUGGUGGGUGGACGGCAUGUUCUUCUUCGGCUUCUACUGCUCCUUCCUGCUCGAGAAGUUCACCGGAGAGUGA